AGACUAGGCGUGCUGGAGGAGGGAGAUCUGUGCAGGUCUGGAGUUCAGUUGGUCGUGGAUUCAUGCUGGUUAGGGGAAGUGCUGGUGUAGGCGAGGUUAUAGAGCGAGGUGGGGACCCUACCGACCGCGUAUUCUAUGUAUGCUACGAUGUUAAUGCAUCUGAUUGUACAUUGCCAGCAGUGCGCAUAGUUGUUUGUGCUCCGUAAUAUUUGUUGUUUUCUGUCUGCAUCGCGUCUCAGCCGCGAACUUUAUCGGCGCUGCCGUGUCGUGCUUUGAGCAACGGACCGUGAUUUCGAUGGAGCCAAAAUGGUCGAGCCCAUCUUUGACUAUCAGUUCCGGCUAAUACUGAUCGGCGACAGUACUGUCGGAAAGAGCACGCUGCUCAAAGCGUUUACCGACGGCAAGUUUCACGACGUCUGCGAUCCGACUGUCGGCGUCGACUUCUUCGCAAGGCUCAUCGAGGUGAAGAAGGAUGUCAGAGUGAAACUUCAACUGUGGGACACCGCCGGACAGGAGCGAUUUCGUUCCAUCACGCGCUCCUACUACCGCAACUCUGUGGGUGCCCUUCUUCUGUAUGAUAUAACCAGGAGAGCCAGCUUUGAGCACUUGGUCGACUGGCUGUUCGAAGUCAAGCGGCACAUUGAGCCGCACAAGGUCAUCUACCAGGUCUGUUUGUUACAUGUUGCCAUUCCAAUUUUAGACCAGCAUCACAUGUUUAUUCACACUAUGAUUUGCAAUCUACAGGUCAAGGAGAGCUCUUUUGUUUAGCCAGAGUGCAUCCAUAUUAAUGGGAAGAGAGCUACAAACAACUUGCCACUAGUGAGAUCCCAGUCUCGACACAAUUCUCUGCCAAGUAGUAGUUUAUUGUAUUAAGGACAGGUAUGGGGCGGUGUGCUGCUAGGCUCAAGGUUGCAGGUUCGAUGCCCGAUGCGGUGGCCACAUUUCAAUGGGGCAAAAAUGCCUGUGUACUUAGAUUUUGGUGCACAAUAAAGAGCCCCUGAUAGUCAAAAUUAAUUGGAGCCACCCACUACAAUGGGCCUCGUAGUCUUAUUGUGGUUUUGCCUCAUAAAAUCCCAGAAUAUUUUUUUAUCAAGAACAAACAGGAGAAAGAAAAUGAUUGGCCAUAGGCAUCGUAAUUGUUGCACUUCCCAGUGGACACCUGAACUGUCCAGCGGCUGUGGGGAAAGAUGCAGGCUGAUAGAAAAUAUGGGGGAGCCACAAUAAAGUACAUGCAAUAAAAAUAACAGGACAUAAGUGAAAAGGGGAUAUGACUAUUAAUAUUAUUUAAAAGGAAACGGAGAGAAGUAAUCAAGAUACACAGAAAUAUAUGUGUAACUACAAUGCUCAACAUGGUGCUAUGUCAGUCAGUCACCUUAGGUGCCUCCAGGAAGACUGGCCUGGGCCCUUUUACGAAACCAUGUGGUGGGAAAGAGCAGGGUUGUCUCGAUUCCCAAAGGUAUGCCACUGUUUGGCCAUAUCUGUCCCUUGUGCCAAUAAACACUAUGCAUAAUCAAGUUUCUGAAGGUAGACAAGAGGGCCACAGAAUGUAAACUAUUAUUUCUGACAUUUACACGAGGCAUACUAAACUCACUGCAAACAGUUUCUCAUAAUAGCGUCUCCAAUCCCUGUGUUGUUUCAGGUAUAACCAUGCACCAGUCAGUUAGUACUCUUUU